AUGCAACGCUUUCAGACGGCGCUACGUCAAACGAACAUAUGGCAGCGUGUAGCCAUCUUGAACUCACACCACUGCUCCCGUUCAUUUCUAGCCAGUCAAAAGGCGUUGACAAUCCGUGCAUUUAGUGCCUUGCCCGACCAUGAAGUCGUGGGUCUGCCAGCCCUGUCCCCCACUAUGGACGUGGGCACGAUCGCCAAGUGGAACAAGCAGGAGGGCGACCUCAUCUCUGCGGGCGACGUGGUGUGUGAAGUUGAGACGGACAAAGCCGUGGUGGACUUUGAAGCCACGGACGAUUCGUACUUGGCCAAGAUCCUCGUGCAGGCGGGAUCGGGCGAAGUGGCAGUGGGCAGUCCCAUCUUUGUCACGGUGAUGGAGAAGGAUGAGGUUGCUGCUUUUCAGGACUUUUCCGUUGACGCGGCAGCGGCUGUUGAACCUGGACCCGCGACCAUGCCUGUUGAGGCCGCACCAACGCCAGCUGACGUUCCUCGCCCUUCUACUUCAGCUCCAGCUUCAGUCACUGCCGCAUCUACUUCAGGCCGUGUAUUUGCGAGUCCGUUAGCCAAGAAAGUCGCACGGGAAUCGGGUGCUGUAUUGUCAGCAAUAAAUGGCUCGGGUCCUAACGGUCGUAUCGUUAAAGCGGACGUGGAAGCUGCGUUGGCUGCUGGCACUGCUGCUCCGACGGUGGAGGACACGGCUAACGAAGCUUCUGCUGCUGCUGCUACUGAUGCGGAUGCCGCUGCGCCGACUGCUACAAUUAACUACACGGACUACCCGAUCAGUUCGGAGGCCCAAAAAAUUGCCCAGCAGUUUACGCAGCAGAAGAUGGACGUGCCGCACUACCAUUUGUCGACGAACCUUAUGCUGGACAAGCUUCUGGACGCGCGAGCCCGAUUGAAUGCUGGUCGUGGAGAGGACGAGCACUUGUCAGUCAACGACUUUAUUGUGCGUGCCGCUUCGCUUGCCAUGCGCAAGGUGCCGGACGCCAACUCGAGCUGGAAGGGCUCAUUUAUUCGUCAGUAUAACGACGUGAACGUUAACUUGAUGGUGUCUUCGGCUCUGGGCGGUGGAGUUUUGGCCCCUGUGCUGACCCGGGUGAACCGCAAGGGUCUGGACGAUAUUAGUAAGGAAACGCGGGCAGCUGUAGCCAAGGCGAAUGACGGUACCUUUGAGCCGGCCGACCUGGCAAACGGUACCUUUACGAUUUCUAACGUUGGCCAAUUUGACGUGCAGUCACUGACUGGCAUUGUCCGUCCCGAGCAGGCGUGUCUGCUUGGCUUGGGUACGAUCGAGAAGAAGGUAGUGCCAAAUGACGACCCUGACGCUGAGCAAAUUUAUAAGUACGCGCAGGUGAUGACCGCCACGCUUGCUUGCGACCACCGCGUCAUUGACGGUGCCGUUGGUGCACAGUGGUUGGCCUCGUUCAAGGAGCUGGUGGAGGAUCCACUCAAGAUGAUUCUGUAG